AUGGCGUUCCCUAAGGUUUUCUUCGACAUGACAAUCGGUGGGCAGCCGGCGGGAAGGAUCGUGAUGGAGCUGUAUACCGAUAAGACUCCGGAGACGGCGGAGAAUUUCAGAGCUCUGUGCACGGGGGAGAAAGGAGUAGGCCGGAGCGGGAAGCCCCUUCACUUUAAAGGAUCGUCGUUCCACCGUGUGAUCCCGAAUUUCAUGUGCCAGGGAGGAGAUUUCACCGCCGGGAACGGAACAGGAGGCGAGUCGAUCUACGGGGAUAAGUUCAAGGACGAGAAUUUCGAGAGGAAGCACACGGGUCCUGGGAACCUGUCCAUGGCCAACGCAGGUCCCAACACCAACGGAUCUCAGUUCUUCAUCUGCACCAUCAAAACCGACUGGCUCGACGGUAAGCACGUCGUGUUCGGGCAGGUCGUCGAAGGCUUAGACGUGGUCAAGGCCAUCGAGAAGGUCGGAUCCUCGUCUGGGAAGCCCUCGAAGCCGGUGGUUGUCGCCGAUUGUGGUCAGCUCUCUUAG